ACCCGACGACCGCGGUAACUGAGAAACCGUGCUUCUGGAAUCCUUGGCUCCAAGCUAUGGCCGGUCAGAAACCCGGUGGGAUGCCCACUCGGCCGCCUCUCUCUAGGCAAACCGGCUCCGGAAGAUGGGACGUUUGCUGAAUGGGAGCCGCCUGGUCCCCCAUCUGACAGGUUGCCUAUUUUCAGGAAGUCUGAGUUUGACCAUUGUCCUUGCAGGAAGCGCUGUAACUUAGAUUCUGAAGCGGAGAUGGAGAAAUCAGGUUUGUCUUCUUCCAUCUCUGAGUGGCAGUCACAGAAACAGGGAGGACUGAGCCACACCAAAACAGCCUUGGCUGAGCAAAGUCUUAUUUCAUCAGAGAAAUGGCUUCAACUGCAUGGCCUUAAAAGCAACAAAUUGACUCUGAAGCAGAUUUUGUCACAGAUUGGAUUUCCACACUGUGAAGAGUAUGUGACUUCUCUGGGAAGACUUGUGGCUUCUCGAUACGCUGAUGGCCUGUUCCCGCAGUUCUACACAGCAGAAGAUGGCAGAGUCUACAACCUGACUGCUAAAUCAGACCUGAUCUGUCAGUUGGUGGACUGUUUAACACAAGCUGUGGAGUGCUACAAGCAGCGGAUGGAGUGGCUCACCAGUAGAAGCCGGCAGAUUUUUGGUGUCAUCUUAGAACAGUGCAUCACCCUAGUGCUGGACUGUAGAGAUCUUCUGGAGGGGGAGCUCAGUCUGUGUCAAGAAGCUCUAACAAUGGUCCUGCAGGAGCAGGUGGCUUGCAUAACCAAGUUCAAUAUCAUAGGGGUAUCUCAAGAGCCUCUGAAAUGGCAGGAAGCUGCUACUCCUGUGACGGAAGAAUCCAUAGCGGCUGCCAUCAGCUGGGUUAAGAAACUGACUUUUGAGCAGACUGUGAGUGAAGUUAGCUGCCUGGAGGCUCUGCUGGAAGCUGGGAAAGACAAAACCAUUGAAUCCAUUUACUACUUCGUGGUGGGGGAUGUUCCUGAGAAAUCCAAGGAGCUUCUUCUGCAGAGAGCUUUGGAGAUUUCGUAUCCAGUCUACACAGUGUCCUUCAAUGCCAGAGGAGAAAGCACUAUGGCUUUCCUAAAGGAUCUGAGUGCCAAGACACACAGCAGGUUCCAUGCAUUUGCCGAGCGUUCAGAGUGUACAGACUUCCCUACGCUUCCCCCACAGAAUGGUGACAGUGAGGUCACUUGGAAUUCGAGAAAACUGAAAGGAAAACUCCCUCCAGGAGCCGGAGUUAGAGAGGACGUGUUUCUCAUCUGGAGGGAAUUGGAAGAGGCCUGCAGCACAUUGGCCCAGAUCCAGAGGCUGGUGGCCGAGCCUCCUAAGUCCUGCAUGACCACACCAGAGUGCGAGUCGCGAGCAGCAUCUGUUGGGAAUGAAUCAAAUCCAGAGGACAACUGGGACUCCAAGAAGUGGCUGCAGAAAUACGGCCUGAAAUCCCAGAAGUUAUCACUUUAUGACGUACUUGCCGACUGCUCCUUUCGUCAUGCAGAUGGAGUUGUUGACAUAAAAGCCAAACCGGAAAAUGAAUCCGUGCAGACCAGUGCGGAAACUAAGAAGAAGACAGUUCAUGCAAAAUAUUGCAAUAGGUUUGUUCAUGCUCCUUGGAAGGAUGGAAGCUUGGUCCAUGUCAACAUUACGAAGGAGAAGUUCAAGUGGUACAGUGAGAGGAUUCACACAGUUCUGGCUAACAUCCAGAGGAGGAUUACAUGGCUGCAGAACGGAAGUCAACGCCUCUUUGGAAAAGCACAUCAUGAGUGCGUCUAUGUCCUCAUUGACACAUCACACUCAAUGAAGAGCAAAUUGGACUUGGUGAAGGACAAGAUCAUUCAGUUCAUACGGGAACAACUGAAACACAAAAAUAAAUUCAAUUUUGUGAAGUUUGAUGGUCAAGCAGUUGCUUGGCAGAAAAAGCUUGCUGAAAUCAAUGAAGAAAAUUUGGAGGAGGCUCAGUCCUGGAUUAGAAAUAUUAAGGUUGGAAGUACCACAAACACCCUGAAUGCCCUACAGAUUGCUUUUGCUGAUAAAGAAACACAGGCCAUCUACCUUCUAACAGAUGGGAGGCCUGAUCAGCCACCUGAAAUGGUUCUGGAUCAAGUCAGAAUUUUUCAGAAAAUCCCCAUUUAUGCCAUCUCUUUCAACUACAAUGAUGAGAUAGCAAACAUGUUUUUGAAAGAACUUGCUGCUUUGACUGGAGGAGAAUUCCGUUCUUAUAAUUUUGGUGCCAAGGACCCGCUUCCUGCUGAAUCUAUUCAGAAUGAAGAUGUGACUCUUUUAGUUCAGGAAAUGGAUCAGGGAUACAGCGACCUGGAGAAAGUGCAAACCCUUUAUUCUGAGUCUCUGAUCUUGGACUGGUGGUACAACGGGGAAAAGGAAGGAAAAAAGCACCAAAAGGAAAUUUCGUCCAUAAUUUCAACCCAAGAAAAAUGUGCAAAACCUCAAUCUGAUGUCAGAACAACACAAACCACUUCCUUAAAUACGUUGAAAGUACCAUGGGACCUCUCAAAUCAGAAGAUUCAGAAAAAGAAAGUUCUCCAUGCAGAAUCAACCAAAACCAGCCUGCUCAGAAGCCAGAUGUCCACCCUCAGGAGCUCAACUGGCAGCAAAAGGAAGGACAACCCCUCUCUCUCCAGCAGGUGCAACCCUGCUGCAAGUGACAAAGACAAGCCAGAGGAAACAAGUACCCUGCAGACAAAUAAGUGUCCGAAUGACAAAUCAUCAGGAAGAUUGAUUCAAGAAGGAAGCCGAGUCUGUGAUGACGACUCUGUAGAUAUGUCUUCAGAAGACUGGCUCCAGGUCCACGGCCUGGUCGCCAAGAAGCUCACAAUCAUGGAUGCCCUGUCUCCGACCACAGUUCCACACAGCCCCACCUAUGUCCCCGUUCUGGACAAGCAUGUUGUUUCCAAGGUCUUUGAUGAGGUGUUCCCUCUGGCACACGUGUGCAAUGACACAAAUAAGAUGACAUUCAUUAACCCCCAAGGAGUCAAGUUCAAUCUCUACAAGCAAAAAGUGGAACGGGCAAUUAAGUCCUACGAAAAGCGCUUGAAUAAAAUUGUAUGGAGAGCGUUAUCUGAAGAGGAAAAAGAGAGGUUAGAUGCAGACAGACCAAUACGGUACUUGGAAAACAAGGCAGCUUUAAACCAAGCGCUGGAACGGCUGAAUUGGCCCCUUUCAUUGAAAGAGCUAUCGAUGCUAGAAAAUGAAAUCCUCGCUGGGAAAAUGUACAUCCAGCAGGCCAUGGAAUUCCAGGAGGCCGCCAAGAAGAAUUAUGUGAACAAGACACUGAUAGAGCAACAGAAAUCACAAGGAAAUUCAACAAAGAAAGUCAAGUCAAAAAAAGUGGAUCCUCUCAAAGGGCAGAAGGUUAUUGCAAGAUGUGAUGAAAACGGCUUUUAUUUUCCAGGGGUUGUGAAGAAGUGUUUGAACUCGACCCAUGCACUGGUGGGCUUCAGGUAUGGAGACACCAAGGUUGUGCCCACCUCAUUCAUCACACCUGUCGGGGGAGCCAUGCCUUGCCCUCUGCUCCAGGUUGGAGAUUAUGUGUUUGCCAAGAUAGUAAUACCUAAAGGAUUUGACUUCUACGUCCCUGCCAUCGUCAUAGCGCUUCCGAAUCCAGAUGUGACCUCAGAAAAGUUCUACACAGUCUUAAAGUGUAACAACCGGAGAGAAUUUUGCCCUCGGAGUGCACUUAUUAAGAUCAGCCAAAACAAGUAUGCUCUCUCUUGCUCUAAUAUAAAGUCGCCCCCAAUUCAGGAGGAUCCGAAUGUGGAGGAUUUGGAGGCCAGCAACUCUACUUUCCCAAUCUGGCCACUGACAGAAGUGGACACUGGGUCUUUCAAAGAACCAAAACAGGAGAACCCUAAAAAGAAGAAGAAGAAACCUGCUAAGAGGCCGCCUCUCCAGGAGAUGGUAUCCUCAGACUCGGACGACUGUUCCCAUGGCACCAGGUCCCAAGAAUCCCCCCUGCAAAAUGUGGCCCAGGCCCAGGGUAGGGGGAGGGAUGGUACUCUGUAAUCUCUAGAAUCCCCUGAGAUCUCUUUCAAGAAUGAUAAGUGUAAGAUCACUCCCCAGUCUCCAGGCCAGGGUAGGGUCCAGCACUGAAAGAAUACCAAUCCCCCUUGAAUGACACUGCAACCCACCUCCCCAGAGAAAGCCCUGGGCCAGAGGUGUAGGGGUCAGCCGGCAGGGCCAUCGCUGCCUCACCACCACCUCCACUGCCUCAAGCAGCCCCACCCCUUCCUCCUCAAGCCAUCCACAACAACAAAAGGCUAAGGGCCAUCGCUGGGAAACCAGAAAGCAGACCAAAGGCAACUUUGUUUAAGAGAGCCACAGUCCCUGCAGGGCUGCCCAGACCUCACCAGGUGACACUAGGCCCUCAGCUGAGGUAAGGCCGCCCUUUCCCUAACCUGUGUCCACCUGCUCUCAGGCUCCCCACUCAUCCAUGUUCGAGCCCUCCCACCUGUUUGAGUAUAUUGCUUUUAGCUUUUCCCAAGCUUUCUAUCCUCUUUUGGACCCUGUCCUCACAGAACUGUACUCAGACUUCUGGUAAACUCCCCACAUCCAGAAGUUUUCACCCAGCCGGUUACCGGCAUAGGAAUUUAAAUUGUUCUUGGAAGUCAGCAAGCCCACAGUCUUGUUUCACAUUGGUUAGCACAUGUGAAGUUGGUAUAUAGUCACCCGUUUCGAGGACCAGAAUUCAGACCCAGUAACUUACCUGAGAGCUGCAAGAUUGAACAGUCCCCUGUUUGCUUUUUUCUGGCUUUUUUUUUUUUAAUUACGCCCUCUCUAAUUAUCUUGUCUUCUGUAGUCUGUUGUAGGUAUCUCUAAUUGAGCGUGGACCCAGAAUAAAAACUCUUAAGUUGGAAACCUUUCAAAACUU